AAAACAAAAACAAAAACCAUUUGUAUUCAAGAAUAGAUAGUUAGCAAAAAUGGCUUUGGCACGUUUGGCUAUGAAGAAGGUUGAAGAAAGGGUGGCUAAUUCUUCAUCAUCACGGAGGUUUGGGAAUGAGUUAUUAAGAAGAAGGUUUGCAAGUUCAUCAGCAACAGCAAGUGAGAAAUCUGAAGGGAAUGAGAUAGCUGUGUCAUCAUCUGGUGGGAGAAGGUCCAGGCAAAUGAUAUUGCUUGGUUGGUUGCUAGAAUUCUUCCCUUCAGGGCUUGGAAAUGCAUUGAUGCAAGCAAGUGAGAACAUCAACAGGCUAUUUGACAACAUGAACUUGACACCAUGGUCCUUGACCGGCCGAGUUAGGGAGCGCGACGACCACUACAAGCUGCGAUACGACAUGCCCGGAGUUGCGAAGGAGGAUGUGAAGAUCACCAUUGAUGAUGGUGUGCUAAAGAUAAAGGGUGAACACAAGGAAGAAAAAGAAGAGGAGGAUGAUGAUGAGUAUUGGUCUUCAAGUAGCUAUGGCUACUAUGAUACCAAUUUGGUUUUGCCUGAUGAUGCUAAAGCUGAUGAGAUUAAGGCAGAGUUGAAGGAUGGUGUCUUAACUAUUACCAUUCCUAGGACUCAGCAGCAAAAAAAGGAUGUUAAGCAAAUUAGUGUCCAUUGAAGGAGACAUGUUUAAUGUACUCUGAUUUAGUGGUUGGAGUAUGUUAACAUGAUGUUAGACAAAUAUUAUAAAUAAAUAUGUCCUUUUUCUAUGUAAUUUGAUCAUGGAUUUGUCAAGGUGUGAGGCUUAUGACACUAAUAACGUGUGUAGGGUGUGGGUUUGGACUUUAAA